UCAGCCAGGAUCACGCAGCGCUGCCCUUUUAUCAGAGGGUCCUUUUGGAAGAUGGCAAAAUUAUUAGACACUAGUGUGUGAAUACAUCCUGCACAGAGACCAAGACAUCAAACACAGGAAAGGACAAGUCUGCACCUGUAAGGGAGGAGCUGGUCAGGCAAAAUGCACUCAGUGUCGUCCGUCAGAGAGGUGGGGAUGCAGUGAUGGAUGAAGAUGAAGAGCUGGAGAGAGUGAUGCUGAGCAUUUCUCCUACCAAGCAACAUGAGCAAAGCUCUGUUUCUGCACCAGCAUCAUCAACUGCCAGACCACCACAGGCUUCUGGAACAGAUAGAGGUUCUUAACCAAAACGUCCUGCAUCAGCAGACAACUCUGGGACCAUGGAUUCUUAUCCCAAUAUGAAGCAUGACCUAAAGCUUUCCGUCUCAUGUUGACCAUGUUCUGGUCAUGUUUGUGUUUUGGUGUUCUACCUAUUGUCCUAGUGACGAUGAAUUGAAACCAGUCAUGAUGAGGCACCAUCAGCUACACGGUCUAGAACAACUAAAUUGAAGAGCUCACAGGAAGAUGCCCUGCCAACUGUAAGGAGACCUGUGCCCCUUCCUCAGGAGCUGAGGUUUCUGAUGCCAAAAACAGCAGGUCCUCAGCCAACAGAGACAACUGUAACAGUUCCAGUGUCAGAGGCACUUGUGAUUACUCCCGAUACGUCUGCAGAGCCCAGUCAACCGGCGCUGCAGCCACCAAUUGGACAGAGAGCUCAAAGUCAGCCAGUAACCAGGCCAUCAAGGGUCCCCAGCAUUCCUCCUCCACAGCUUCCUGGCUAUGACCACGAUGGAACUGUUCUCACCAGCAGAGGAUCUGGAUGAAGACAGAGCUGGAAUCGAUGGGUCUCUGGCCGGGCUCCAUUCCUGUGCGCAACCCCAUGAAGAUGGUGUCAUUGUGGCGUUUCCCUCCCCAGCCAGAAUUAAUUGACAGCAUCUCUGAUCUUCCAUCCCCAAAGUACUUUCAGCUCCAUCCCUUUUUUAUAUGGAAGCCAGAGAAUGACUUAAUGGCAAGGCUGAGGAACGACGACACUCUGCCAUGCAUUGAAGGUUGCGCUCAGGCCCAAGUUGCCUCUGCAGGUGUUGGUAGACCUCGUGUGAUUGUUGGCAUCACUGGACAGUACUACCUUUUUUCAUCCAGGCUGUGCUGUAAAGUUUGCCGGAAAAGGUGGUAUGCUGACAAUCCACUGUGGCUGGAAAAACUACCAAAGAGGUUCACAAACCUGUUGCCGGCAAUACUGACCUACAAGAAGGCCAUCUGUAAAUCCGUAAUGGACGAGCUCAGGCGCACAGGUAACUCACCCACCGACAUGGCAAAGCAGAUCAUGGAGACGAUGCACCUGAAAUAUGAACGUGCUCACCUGGCCUUCCUCCUUACCUGCCAGAACAUCAUGGAUGGUGAGGCAGGAAAGUAUGACCUAAGAACCAUCACUCAGUUCAUAAGACAGGAAACCAAGCCAGCUCCCUUUGGAGAGUAUGGGGAUUCAGAUGGCUGGAACAGGAUCUCUGUGUCUGCACACUACCUAACUGACUGCCUACUGCAUGAGUACAAACACCUGGAGGGUGCUAUCACAAAGCUUUUUCAGGGCACCUUUGGACAGGCUCUCCGCUCAGACCGCACACGGAAAGUUGCUAGGAAGGUCACCUUUUCAUCUGGGACCAUGUCAUCAUAUGCAGUCAUGAAUGAGAACUGGAUGAUCCUUUCAUGGGUGAUGGUGCAGUCUGAGACAGAAAAGUCACUGAAGCACAUGUAUGAAGGUAUAGCACACCGCUACAACACUGCAGGCAUAGAGAAGGCACACUACCAGUGGGUAGACAGGGAUUGCUGCGCAGCAUUUAAGGUUGCAGAAUCUUACACAGGAGAGCAUAUGAACUGGGAUGCUUGGACAACUACUAAUGGCAUUGUUGCUGAUGCCACUACUGGUGACCUGCUGAACACCUGUGAAUCAAAAUCCCACUACAAUGAAAACAUAAUUAUCAAGCUGGACUUGUUCCACUGUUUGAGACGGUUCCUCCGUGAGUGCGUGUCAGAGCAUCAUCCCCUGUACAGUUCCUUUGCUCAGUUCCUGUCGGCAGCCUUUUCAGUGGUGGAUCAGGAAGACCUGCAGAGGCUUAAAGAGGCAUAUGCCUUCUGUGGCAUUCAGCCUGCCAACCCAACAAAGCACACAUUGAGCACUGCAGGACCAGAAUUCCACAGCCUGAGGAGCUCGUCAAGAGAGUCGAGGGAGUUUUCCAGCACUUUUACCUCGCAACUGAUCCAAACGGCGUUCCUCUCUUCAAGCCCUCUAUGCUGA